CAUAUAACAUGUUACCGCCAAAAGCAACCUUAAAUUCAUCAAACCAGAGGUUUCAAUUUAACAGUUGUGCAACCUGUAAUCUUUGUUCUGCGCUUGCAAGGUCAACAUUUUAAGUUUAAAUCAAAAUGGGAAACAUACGUGAGAUUGUAAACGGCACUCUUCUACAACUUUUCAACGGAAAACCUGUGAGUAUAACCGGCGUCGUGGAUCAUGUUAAUGGCAGUGGAUUAACGUUUGAUAUGAGAUCAGUGGAUGAUGUUACUGUGAAAGUCAUCAUGAAGAAACCGCGCGCUGGCAUUAGUGGCUGGGUUGAGGUUCAUGGAAUAGCAAAUGGCAACUCAAUCAAUUGUGAUGAAGUGAUUGAAUUCUCAGCUGAUACUGCACAAGCAUUUGAUGUAGCCAGCCACAAUCAACUCUGUGGCCUUCUCAACACAUGCAAAUCUCUUUGGGAAUUAGGUGAAGAAACAGCAGGAAGUGAAAUGGAUUAACUAUUUUAAUGCUUGGAAUGUCCCAUGAUGUCUAUUAUUACUUAAUUAUAAUUAUAUUAAUAAAUUAGCUUAAACAUUA